AUGAAGGGGUGGUAUCAUGGAAAACUCGAUAGAACGAUCGCAGAAGAACGUCUUCGACAAGCAGGAAAACCUGGGAGUUACCUUAUUCGAGAGAGUGAUCGGAGACCAGGUUCAUUUGUGCUUUCAUUCCUUAGUAAAACAAAUGUCAAUCAUUUUAGGAUUAUUGCCAUGUGUGGAGACUAUUACAUCGGUGGACGUCGUUUCGCUUCACUCUCCGACCUCAUUGGGUAUUACAGCCAUGUGUCCUGUUUGCUGAAAGGGGAAAAGCUCUUGUUUCCAGUAGCACCUCCAGAGCCUGUGGAGGACAGAAGGAGAGUUCGAGCAAUUCUGCCUUACACCAAAGUGCCAGAAACUGAUGAAAUAAGUUUCCUUAAAGGAGACAUGUUUAUUGUCCACAACGAGCUGGAGGAUGGGUGGAUGUGGGUUACAAACCUACGGACAGAUGAGCAAGGUCUUAUUGUAGAAGACCUUGUGGAAGAAGUGGGAAGAGAAGAAGAUCCCCAUGAAGGCAAAAUAUGGUUCCAUGGGAAGAUCUCCAAACAAGAGGCUUACAAUUUGCUGAUGACAGUUGGCCAGGUGUGCGGUUUUCUUGUGAGGCCUUCAGAUAAUACACCUGGUGAUUAUUCACUUUAUUUUCGGACCAGUGAAAAUAUCCAGCGGUUUAAAAUAUGUCCAACAUCAAACAAUCAGUUCAUGAUGGGAGGCAGAUACUAUAACAGCAUCGCUGACAUCAUUGAACACUAUAGAAAAGAGCAGAUUGUCGAAGGGUAUUACCUUAAAGAUCCUGUUCCAAUGCAGCAUCAAGAGCAAGUGCUUAAUGAUACACUGGAUGGAAGAGAAAUAUACAAUACAAUUCGUCGGAAAACAAAGGAUGCUUUUUAUAAAAAUAUUGUCAAAAAAGGUUAUCUUCUGAAAAAAAGUAAAGGAAAGAGGUGGAAAAACUUGUACUUUAUAUUAGAGGGAAACGAUGCCCAGCUUAUUUAUUUUGAAAGUGAGAAACGAGCCACGAAACCCAAAGGACUCAUAGACCUGAGCGUGUGCUCUGUCUAUGGGGUACACGACAGUUUGUUUGGCAGGCCAAACUGUUUUCAGAUAGUAGUUCAGCACUUUAGUGAAGAGCAUUACAUCUUUUACUUUGCAGGCGAAACUCCAGAACAAGCACAGGACUGGAUGAAAGCUCUGCAGAUGUUUUGCAGUUUAAGGAAAACCAGCCCAGGAACAUCAAAUAAACGUCUGCGUCAGGUCAGCAGCCUAAUUUUGCAUGUAGAAGAAGCUCAUACGCUCCCAGUAAAGCAUUUUACUAAUCCAUAUUGUAACAUCUACCUGAACAGUGUCCAGGUAGCAAAAACACACAUCAGGGAGGGGCAGAACCCUGUGUGGUCAGAGGAAUUUGUCUUUGAUGAUCUUUCGUCUGAUAUUAAUAGAUUUGAGAUAAGUCUUAGUAACAAAACGAAGAAGAGUAAAGACCCAGAUAUACUGUUCAUGCGCUGCCAGCUGAGCCGGUUGCAGAAGGGACACGCGACAGACGAGUGGUUCCAGCUCAGCUCCCACGUUCCACUCAAGGGCAUCGAGCCGGGGUCUCUGCGUGUGCGAGCACGAUACUCCAUGGAGAGGAUCAUGCCAGAAGAGGAGUACAGUGAGUUUAAAGAGCUCAUACUCCAGAAAGAACUCCAUGUAGUCUAUGCGUUAUCACAUGUUUGUGGACAGGAUAGAACACUGUUGGCUGGCAUUUUAUUGAAGAUUUUUCUUCAUGAGAAGCUUGAGUCCUUGUUGUUACGAACACUAAAUGACAGGGAGAUAAGCAUGGAAGAUGAAGCUACCACCUUGUUCCGCGCCACCACUUUGGCAAGCACACUCAUGGAGCAGUACAUGAAAGCCACAGCAACAAGUUUUGUUCACCAUGCGCUGAAAGACUCGAUACUCAAGAUAAUGGAGAGCAAGCAGUCCUGUGAGUUGAAUCCCUCGAAGUUAGAAAAAAAUGAAGAUGUAAACACUAAUUUGGCACAUCUACUCAGCAUUCUUUCGGAGCUGGUGGAGAAAAUAUUCAUGGCUGCAGAGAUACUGCCUCCGACGUUGAGGUAUAUUUAUGGAUGCCUACAGAAGUCUGUCCAAAACAAGUGGCCAGCUAAUACCACCAUGAGAACCAGAGUUGUGAGUGGCUUUGUUUUCCUUCGACUGAUUUGCCCUGCUAUCCUGAACCCAAGGAUGUUUAAUAUCAUCUCAGAUUCUCCUUCCCCCACUGCUGCAAGAACACUGACGCUGGUCGCCAAGUCUGUGCAGAAUUUAGCAAACCUGGUCGAAUUUGGAGCCAAGGAGCCAUAUAUGGAAGGGGUCAAUCCAUUCAUCAAGAGCAACAAACAUCGCAUGAUCAUGUUCUUGGACGAGCUUGGG